AUGUCACUAACGUUCGACUCCCUUCUCGGGGUCUUGAAUAUAGUGGACGGUCCAGAGAGAAGCCAAUUGCAACAAGACGCUGAAAAACAACUCAAGGCCUGGGAAACGGAGCGUGGUUUCCACUACCUUCUCCAGGAUAUCUACAUCAAGGAAGAAAUCCCCCUUCGAACCAGAUGGAUGGCCAUUAUAUGUUUCAAAAACGGCAUUGAGAAAUACUGGCGCUCGUCUCGAGUAAAUGCCAUCAGCAAAGAGGAGAAGGCUCAGAUCCGGGCCCGCUUGUUCUACGUCAUCGAAGACAAGAACAACCAAUUGACCAUCCAGAACGCCCACGCUAUCGCGCGCAUUGUUCGCUUUGAUUUUCCUAGCGAGUGGCCAAACUUAUUUGACGAAAUCACCAAGAGUUUGGAGGAUUAUGUAUUUGUAAAGGGCAAUUUGGUUGCAACCAACAACCUCUUGAUAAUUCUCAAUCAGAUCAUCAAACAUGUAUCGAUGGUCAGAAUUGGAAGAGCACGCCAGGCCCUCCAAAGCAAAGCACCGAUAGUGUUACCCGUAUUGGUGAAGCUGUAUCUGAAAUUCUAUCAAAUGUGGAGCUCGUCGCUAGAUAUGACCCUCCUGGAAAUCUGCUAUUUGUGCUUGAAGAAUCUUCGUCGACUCAUUCCGGAGGGGUUUGAGCAGCCACACAAGAGUCAAGACAUUGUAGAGUUUAUGAAGUUAUCUAUUACACACUUAAGAGACUUGGUAACCCAGCACGAGAAGUAUGCUUCAGACAUGAUGGAGAAGUUCAUCAAAUGCUACAGCAAACUUUAUGUCAGCUUGAUUGAUAGCAAACAGACCAGUUUCACUCUCAUGCCAUGUUCUCAAGAAAUUAUAUCCACAUUCAUGGCUCUUUUGCAAACAAAAGCAGAGGCUGUGUAUAACAGCUCGGAGGAUAAUGAUUUCUGGGAAGUUUUGGCCGUAAAGGGAUUUCUCAUCAUGAAAAGAAUGGUUGCGUACAUCUUUAAAGGUGGCGCCAUCACUUUGAAAGACCGUGGAGAUAAAGACGAGGUAAGAAACGCAAUCAAUCUAUUAAAAACCCAACUUUUCACGCCCCAGGUCAUUAUCGAGCUUUGCGACUUGAUUAUCAACUGGUACUUACGCUUGAAACCAUCUGACCUAGAGGGUUGGCUCCUAGAACCAGAGGAGUGGACAAAUGAGGAACUCAGCUCCAGCUGGGAAUAUCAAGUUAGACCUUGUGCAGAGAACUUCUUUCAAGAUCUCAUCAAAUACUUCAAAGAUGACCUCUCUGAGUUCAUUCUCAACAGAAUCUCGACAGGUCUCUCUAACAACGACAGCAUAGACAAGAUCCUUAUCAAAGACUCUACAUUUUGCAUCUUUCAACUUUCGGCUCACUCUAUCGCUGACAAGGUCAAUUUCAAUCAGCUCCUCAACCAAAUUUUUAUCCCAGAAGGUUUAAGAAAUGAUAUGGUUGAAAACAAAAUUAUCAAAAGAAGAAUGUGCUUGAUUAUUAGUACUUGGAUCGAUAUUGACUGCUCAAGAGAGAGUAGGGUGGAGAUCUACAAGCUAUUCAUUGACUUUUUGAACCCAGAAAACAGAAUAAAUGACAAGGUUGUCAAGUUGACUGCUGUUCAAAGUCUACGAAACGUGGUAAACGAUUGGAAUUUUGUCAAGGAAGACUUCCAGCCGUUCUUGCCUCAAUUUGUUAACUUAUCUAUUGCCAUGUUAAAGGACAUGUCUUUCACCGAAUCCAAAUUGUACAUUCUUGACACUCUUGCAACUUUGAUUGAAAGAUGUAACCCAUUGGUUGAUCAGGCAACCUUGAUGAGCAUUCUUCAAAUAGUCCCUGAGUAUUGGGACAAAUCGAAUGAACACGGAAGCGAGGACUCCAUAUUAAAAACAUCCUUACUUCGGGUGUUAAGAAACUUGGUGGUGGCCCUUAACAUUAAUUCAGCGGAGACACAUUUCAUCACGAUACCACUCAUAAGAUCAUGCUGUACAAAAUCAUCAGAGAACUAUCUCUUGGCAGAGGAUGGGUACGAUUUGUGGCUUGCAACACUCCAAUAUUACCCUACAAACUUACCAUUGAAGCCAGAGCUACUCGAAUUCUUCGACCUCAUCCAACCAGCUCUCAUGGACUCUACAGAGAUUCUCACAACCAUCAUAUCCAUUGUGAGAUCCUACGCAUUGCUUGUACCAGAAGCUUUCCAGUCGCCUUAUCGCCGUGAGACAUUCCAAGUGCUUUCAGGCUACUUGCCAGCUAUGAGAGAUGACGCUUUCGAAGCUUUUAUUUCAUUGAUGGAUAUAUUAUUGCUUCUGCAGAGCACAAAUUCCCAGUUCAUCACCAAUCUUGUUGACAGUGGCUUGAUGCAUGCUAUGGCAAACUAUGUGUUGGACGAAAACCAUAGUAUCGUCUUGGCCAAUAAGGUCCUACUUGUAAUAUCACGUCUCGCGACAAGAAACCCAGAGAUGUUGUGUUCGAUGCUCGACCAUUUGUCGGUGAAUGUUCAUGACUUCUUGGAGAAAUGGGUGUCUUACUACAAGAACAAUGGCAGCCCAAGAAACAAGAAGGUCAACCUAUUAGCGCUUGUCUCUUUGAUGAAUUACGGAGCCGCAAAAGACUUGUACGGGAUGCAACUGCUUGUUGGAGAGAUCUUUAGAAGAAGUUUCUUGUUCUUGGAGGAGGUCAACGAGACUGACACCGGCAAUUGUCCAGCUUACGAAUCAGAUUACAUUUACACAGACAUCGAUAAUUACGCAUACUCCGAUCCCGAUAUAGCACCACAUGGCGAAAAACUUCGGUACCUGGUGCUACUCGAGAGUCAGGACCCAGUCUUGUCCACCAACUUGGAGAGUCUUCUCAAGGUCGAAGUGGCCAAUAUGCGGCAAGCCAUGGGCGACGCUGGAUUCAGCGCCAUGAUUUCUCGCUGUGAUCAGUACACCUGUGAGAAGAUGCAACUACUUCUUCAAUAA